AUGGACCUCAAACGCAUCCUGAACCACGCCGAAGACACGGCCGAGCAGCGACCUCAUAAGCGACAAUCUCAGUCUCCUUCCAGCGUGCACCCUCCCUCAUCUCCAGACGUCUACGAGUUGUCUUCGCAGCCAGGUUCAGCCUCAGCUCCGAACAUGGGCCAACUCUACUCCUACUUCGACAACCAGUCGUCGCCUUCAGCCUCACCCUCACCAUCACUCGGCGCCCACGACAUUCCGAAAAGCGACAACGAUGGCAACUACACCUACCAUCAAGAACCCACUAUCCCAGAUGAUUCUGCGUUCGACCCGAGUCUGCUGGAAAACGUCGACCGUGAGCUGGGCGGAGUUCCUCUCACCGGCCACGACCAUCUCGACGGUCUCGACAUUCAAGAUGACUCCCUGCCGACCGCUCCCUUCACCGAUGAUCCCCCCGCCUACGAUACCGUCGUCCCACAAAACAGCCCGCCACCACCUCCCGCAUUUCUCACCAACCCAGACACACGCCUGACGGACCUCUCGGACAUCGAGCGGCAGCAAUACUACGAAGCCCUCUGGGCCAACAACGAGAUCGAACUGAAGGACCUCGCCCAGCCAAAACUCCACUCCCAAUACCCCCAAUUCUCCGACGAGAUCCUCCUCGCGUACUUCACCCACACCACCAUCAUCACGAAAGUCUGGUCCAACUACGACAGCCCCGAGCGCCAAUUCUUCUGGCACCCACGCAACCGCUUCAACGACUGCGGCAAACUCCACCUCACACCAAACCAGCGCCGGCGCCUCAACACGCUCGACCUCGAAACGCUACAGAUGCUGCACGUCCGUUUCGACAUCGGCACGCCCUUCCGCACGCUCUUCAAGGUCCACCUGCGCUCCGUCAAGAACGAGUCCAGCGCGGUAUACCGGCUGGACAGCGAAGGCUACUGGGAGAAUGAUCCGCACGCCCCGCAUGGCGACCUCGAGGAGGUGAUCAAGGAGGGGGUGAAGAAUUCCAGAGAGGACGGGCUGCCGGAGGGUCAGGUGGGGCUUCGGUUGAAGGAUCUGGAUGAGAUUGCGAAGGACUUUGUGCUGAGGGAGAAUUGUGCCAAGAGGCAGGAGAUGGUGCAGAGUAACAAGUGGUUCUAUGAUUAG